ACAAGAAGAGAAGAUAUUUUAGGGUUUUGAUAUGCUCUGCCCUGUUAACCGCAAGAAGAUGCAGAUGAUGCACAGCUUGAAGAUAUUUUAGGGUUUUGAUAGGUAACUUCUCAUAACAAAUUCAAUGUUAAGCACUUACUCAUUCCAUUAUUGGCCUCUGUAAAUCGGGAAACACAAACAAGGCCUAGGAUCUCUUCCACUCAGCCCUAAUUAAACACUGUCCUCUCGAUGUCGUAUCCUUCACUGCUCUGUUAGAUGGCCUUGUAAAUUCUGGUGAUCUCUGUAGAAUCAAACCCCUUCUUGCUGAAAUGGGAGAGCUGGGAAUACAUCCAAAUGUUAUCACUUAUAGCACCCUCAUAAAGGCUUUGUGUAAACGGAAUCAAAUUGAGGAAGCGCAUAAGCUCUUGCAGAGAAUGAGGCAUGGUCAUUGUUUUCCUGAUAUUGUUACAUUUAACACUCUGAUAGAUGGAAACUGCAAGAGUGGUAGAAUAAGUGAAACUCUUAUUUUAGUAGCUGAAAUGAUACAGGACGACCUUUCUCCUGACAACGUUACAUACAGUACCCUAAUAUGUGGUCUCUGUAAGGUAGAUAGGGAAGACGAAACUAUCAGAUUACUAGCUGGAAUGAGACAUGGGUACUGUUCUCCACAUAUUGUUACAUAUAACAAUCUGAUAGAUGGUCUUUGCAAAGUAGAAAGAGUAGACAAAGCUCUAGAAUUAGUAGCUAAAAUAUUACAAGACGGCCAUUUACAAGGCUUAUACAUCCAUACUUACACUAAUCUGAUAGAUGGCUUUUACAAGGCUGAAAAAAUAGACAAAGCCUACAAUCUAUUUGUACGCAUGAUGGAGUUUGGUCCUCUGCCCGAUCAAGUGACAUUUAAUGCAGUUAUUGAUGGACUGUGCAAAGAUGGCAGGAUGGACAAGGCUUGGGAUUGUUUUCAUAUCAUUUCCAAAAAGGGUUUACAACCAGAUGUAAUUACUUAUAGUUCUUUGAUGUGCGGCCUUUGCAAAUUACAUGAGGGACAUCUUUCUAAUGAGAUGGCAAUGAGGAAUAUGAAACCUAACGAAGUGACAUACAACACAGUCAUUGGUGGUCUGUGCAAGGCAGGGGAUCUUUCUACAACUCAUUCACUCAUGAAUAAGAUGCCUGAUGAAGGACUGACACCUAAUGCAAUCACUUAUAACUGCCUGAUUGAUGCCCAUUGCAAAAUUGGUGAAAUAGACAAGGCCUUGAAGCAUUUUUCAAACAUGAAAGUGGUUGGCAUUUCUCCAACUGUUGAAACCUAUAAUAUAUUGAUUAUUUUUUUCUGCAAGGAAAACAAACUUGACAUGGCUCUCUCAAUGCUGAAGGAGAUGAGAACAAAGGAUUUGGUUCCAGAUGUUUUUACUUACGACAGCUUAUUUCGCGCCUUCAAGCAAAGACAUGAUCUUGUAAAAACAUUCUGGUUGAUGGAUCAGAUGAAGAAAGAAGGCUGUGCUCCAAGUGAUGCAAUUGUCAGGACACUUAGCUGGCUGGUUGAUGUUGGUGAAAUGAAAAAAUUAAGUGACUUUGUAAAUGAUGAUUCUUUUAUUAUUUCUAAAGGAGCACCCCAUGAAGAUGAAGAUGGAGAUGAUGCACAGCUUGAAAUGGAUACGAUGCCCCUCUUUAAACAGGUAACUUCGCCUCAUUCUUCUCAUUUUUCAAAACAAUACUGCAAAACCUCCUCAUCUCAACACACACUCAAGCAGGACAAACCCCUCAAAUUUAAUGUUAAGCACUUCACUCAGUCCAUUACUGCCCUCUGUAAAUCGGGAAACACAAACAAGGCCUGGGACCUCUUCCACUCAGCCCUCUCGAUGUCGUAUCCUCUCGAUGUCGUAUCCUUCACCGCUCUGUUAGGUGGCCUUGUAAACUCUGGUGAUCUCUGUAGAAUCAAACCCCUUCUUGCUGAAAUGAAAGAGAUGGAAAUACAUCCAGAUGUUAUCACUUAUGGCACCCUCAUAAAGGCUUUGUGUAAAGGGGAUCAAAUUGAGGAAGCACAUAAGCUCUUGCAGAGAAUGAGGCAUGAUCAUUGUUUUCCUGAUAUUGUUACAUAUAGCACUCUGAUAGAUCGAACCUGCAAGAUUGGUAGAAUAAGUGAAACUCUUAUUUUAGUAGCUGAAAUGAUACAGGACGGCCUUUCUCCUGACACCGUUACAUACAGUACCCUAAUAUGUGGUCUCUGUAAGGUAGGUAGGGAAGACGAAGCUAUCAGAUUACUAGCUGGAAUGAGACAUGGGUACUGUUCUCCAGAUAUUGUUACAUAUAGCACUCUGAUAGAUGGUCUUUGCAAAGUAGAAAGAGUAGAUGAAGCUCUAGAAUUAGUAGCUCAAAUAUUACAAGACGGCCAUUUUCUUAACAGCCAUACUUAUAAUAAUCUGAUAAAUGGCUUUUACAAGGCUGGAAAAACAGACAAAGCCUACAAUCUGUUUGUAGGCAUGAUGGAGUCUGGUCCUCUGCCCGAUGAAGUGACAUUUAGUGCAGUUAUUGAUGGACUGUGCAAAGAUGGCAGGAUGGACAAGGCUUGGGAUUGUUUUCAUAUCAUGUCCAAAAAGGGUUUACAGCCAAAUGUAAUUACUUAUAAUUCUUUGAUGUGCGGCCUUUGCAAAUUACAUGAGUUGGAUAAGGCUCAAAAGUUGUUCAAAGAGAUGCUAAGGAGAGGUUGCUCCCCAAGUGUUGCUACCUACAACAUUCUAAUUGAUGGUUUGAUUCAGAGUAACAGGGUAAAGGAAGUGUUUACACUUAUUUCUGAGAUGGAAAACAGGGGACAUUUUUCUAAUGUAAUUACAUAUAACACGCUAAUAGGUGCAUUCUGUAGAAGAAGAGACAUGGAGAUGGUAUGCAAGAUGUUAGAGGAGAUGGCAAUGAGGAAUUUGAAACCUAACGAAGUGACAUACAACACAGUCAUUGGUGGUCUGUGCAAGGUAGGGGAUCUUUCUACAGCUCAUUCACUCAUGAAUAAGAUGCCUGAUGAAGGCUUGACACCUAAUGCAUUCACUUAUAACUGCUUGAUUGAUGCCCAUUGCAAAAUUGGUGAAAUAGAUAAGGCCUUGAAGCAUUUUUCAAACAUGAAAGUGGUUGGUAUUUCUCCAACUGUUGUAACCUAUACUAUGUUGAUUAAAUAUUUCUGCAAGGAAAACAAACUUGACAGGGCUCUCUCAAUGCUGAAAGAGAUGAGGACAAAGGAUUUGGUUCCAAAUAUUUUUACUUACGACAGCUUAUUCCGCGCCUUCAAGCAAAGACAUGAUCUUGUAAAAACAUUCUGGUUGAUGGAUCAGAUGAAGAAAGAAGGCUGUGCUCCAAGUGAUGCAAUUGUCAGGACACUUAGCUGGCUGGUUGAUGUUGGUGAAAUGAAAAAAUUAAGUGACUUUGUAAAUGAUGAUUCUUUUAUUAUUUCUAAAGGAGCGUAACUCACAUGCCGUGGUAACUGCUAGCCAUAUCUUUGGAGUGUCCGUCAUUUUCAGGUAAUUGUAUCUCAUAUAUUUUAAAAUGAGUUGCAGCAACCCAGAGUUUUGAACUUCUGUUUCAAGA